AUGAGCCAACCUUUCGAUUAUCAAGAGCUUCAACGUCAGGUGCUACAGAAGCAGCAAGAGCUGGAAAGCCUCCAAACCCUACUUCAACAUGCUCCAGUCUCGGCUGCCCAGACAAAUCCAAUGAACCUGAUGUCGUCCCAAGGUGACUACUACGUAGACCCUGUCAUCGCCCAAUCUCAGCUUCACCAUGCCGCGCCCUUGGGCAGGAGGGCCACAUUACCCAAGAGCAGGUCCAACAUGGGCUACUCUGCCGCACCCACGAGAAUGAUGGAACGCAGUAGUGACAUGGACUCACCACAGCCCGUUAAGCGCCUGAGGGUCAUGUCGCAACAGCACCCUCGCGCAGUCCCCAUGACGGGCAUGUCAAGAAGCGCGUCCCACCGCUCUGAAAAGUCUAUUCCCUUCGUCGCCAAGGGCUCUAUUGCACCGCUCCAGUCAACAAAUGCCGCCCACACCAUGAUGGACCGUUUCACCCAAUCAAGAGAUGAUCCUUUUCAACCUUCUCAGUCAUCGCUCCAGCGGACACCGUCAAAUCGCCGCCAGUCAAACCUCCCCAGAGUCGAGGAGCACAUGCCCUACGCAGACCCUGGCGUCGGCAUGAAUAUCGCAGACUACUUGGCAACCCAAGAUGAGAGCCUCCCCUCGCCAGCCAUGAUUCCGCCCCAACCUGCUUUCUUGACCCCCGAUGGCCGGAACUCCCAGGCCAGCUUGGUGGCCUCGGUCUGCCCUUCCAUGAGCUCCGGCACCUCUGCGCCCGAGACGCAGCCCUUGACGAGAGAAAACAGCUCCUUCGACCACCAAUUCGAGAGCCAGUCCCUCAAUGGAGCUUUCGAGAUGGCCCGCAUUAACUCGACACAGUCGCACAUCGAUUACAUGUCGCCGGACCUAUACGCGGCGGCUCCUCUUGGAACAUCACCCAACGGCAAGCCCGAAAGCUUCCUAGCCUAUGUUGGCGCCAGUCUCUCUCAGCAGCAGUUUGCCCAGCAGUCACCUAUUGACGAGCAGUUCCUCUCUCAGGGAUCAUAUUUGAUGGAGCGCUCCAUCUCCGCCAACAGCACCGCUUCUACAAAGUCGACCAAGGAGCGCCGGGCAAAGGAAGUUUUCCAGCAGCAGAUUCAAAACGCCAGCAGGACCGCACUUGCACCCAAGCCCGCUGAUGCUGGCAAGUCCUCCCAGACAAGUACCAAGAAGGAGGUCAAGGUCGCAAUGAAGGGCACCUACACCCGCCCAAAACACCCCAAGGUGUACUGCGAUCAGUGCAACGAGCAUCCUGACGGUUUCCGUGGCGAUCACGAACUGCGCAGGCACAUCAACGCCAAGCACGAGGGCACUAUCAAGAAGUUUAUCUGCCGCGAUCCUGCCAAGGCUGGUAUCAAAUCCAACGUCGAGGCAAUCAACCCCCUGUCCAAGUGCAAGCAAUGUGUCGCCGGAAAACAUUAUGGUGCCUAUUACAACGCCGCCGCUCAUCUCCGUCGCACUCACUUCAAGCCCAAGACUCCUCGCGGCAAGAACAAGAGAAGUGACGACGACGAGAAGCGUGGCGGCAAGGGCGGCGGUGACUGGCCUCCCAUGAAUGAGCUCAAACUCUGGAUGGAAGAGGUCUUUGUCACCGCCGACGAUGCUACUGCUGAGGCUGAGGCCCAGGAGGAAGACGAGGAGGAGGCAGUGCAAUUUGACCCCUCUAUGGCGAUGGACAUUUCGCUUGGCCACAUGGGCGAGAACAUGACUUACGACAUGAGCUUUCAGGGGUCUUACCCAAUGCCCGAGCUGGCUAUCGAUACCCAAGCCUCCUUUUUGGCUGUCCCUAAUAUGCCACUCUCCUCUGCGUCGGAUGCAUUCACAUUUUCGCCAUACAACGCAAACUCGCCCAUGAACGGCAUGUCGCACGAGACGGCUUUCUCCAUCUCGUCUUCCAACACGGUCACGCCAACCACUUACCAGGACCCGCUUGCGGAAAGUUUUGAUGGUUACGCCGUCUACUAA